AUGUACUAUCCUGUGAGUAACGGCAAUGUCAUCGAUACGGGAACACCUACCCUACUGCAUAUGGUGGGGACGGGCAUGGCGAACCCGUUCCCUGCGGCGGCGGCGGCUGCGGCGGCAGCGGCACAAUACGCGGCGAACGGUGAUGCGCUAGCUGGUGUGAAGGCGGAGGCUGCUGGCCCUACUGCGCCACCACAGCCACCGCUUGUCAAAAGCGAAGGGCCACCGCCACCGGCACCUCUACCGCCAGCUAACUUCUCACCUCAGCCACCACCACAGACUCACUCACAAAACUCAAUAGAAAAUCAAAAUAAUACUUCGCAAAGCGAAGGAGAAUCAAAUGAAGAGAACACACCGGUGAGUGUAGCGGCCGCAGUUGUAGCACAACAGGCCGCUGCAGUAGUAGCUCAACAAGCCGCAGCAGCACAUGCAGCAGCCGCAGCCGUGAGCGCCGCUGUAGCUGCGCAACCCUCACAGGAUAAGACACUUGUCCCUGUGUCACAAGCGUCACAACCGAAACGGUUGCACGUCUCCAAUAUACCUUUCCGGUUUAGAGAUCCUGAUCUUAGAAAUAUGUUUGGGCAAUAUGGCACAAUACUUGAUGUAGAAAUAAUCUUCAAUGAACGUGGCUCGAAGGGAUUCGGUUUUGUAACAUUCGCAAAUAGUGGUGAUGCGGAGCGAGCACGAGAGCGUCUUCACGGCACCGUGGUUGAGGGCAGAAAGAUAGAGGUUAAUAAUGCUACAGCGAGAGUGCAGACAAAGAAACCACCGACGGUACCAAAUGUGUGUGUCCAGUGGCCCGAAGCCGCCCUCCGCGCCCGCGAGCAGCGCCCGCAGCCGCCCCCGCACGCCGCGCCCCCGCACACCCUCCCGCACGCCGUCCUGCCCCGCGCCGCCGCCUACGCGUCGCCGUUGCACGCGUACGCUCAUGUAUAUUACGACCCGUUCUUAGCUGCGGCUGCCACAGCUGACAACAACUACAGGCUCCAGGCCGCAGCGGCAGCAGCAGCGGCGGCCGCGCCUCUGCUCAAGUCACCGCUGACGACGGCGCAGCACGCAGCGGCGGCGGCCGCGGCGGCCAACUACGGCGCUGCUGCGAGGGCCGCCGCCGCCGCCGUCAGUGCCGCGCCCACGCCCACCGCGCUCACGCCUCUCGGUGCCACGUACGGCAGAGAAUACGCUGACCCUUAUUUAGGCCACGGUAUUGGACCAGUGACAGGAUACGGGACCGCAGUGUAUAGAAGCGGAUACAACAGGUUCGCUCCAUACUAA